AUCAGCUUUGAGAUGAUUGUUGCGGAUCUGAAGGGUAAAUAUUUAAUCAGCUUUGAGAUGAUUGUUGCGGAUCUGAAGGGUAAAUAUUUAAUCAGCUUUGAGAUGAUUGUUGCGGAUCUGAAGGGUAAAUAUUUAAUCAGCUUUGAGAUGAUUGUUGCGGAUCUGAAGGAAUUGGAAUCCUCUAAGUCUGGCCUGGAAACUCAGCAAUACUGUUAUCCUUCAAUCAACAUCAGCAGUUUUAUGAGCAACAACAAUACAGGCUGCGGUGCAGAUAAGGAUUCGAUAACUGAGGAGUACUGUGAGUACCCACCACCCAAGGAUGGGAUUGAGAUCAAACAGGAAAGCUUGAGUCCGGAGGAAGAAAAGAAUGUCACCCCUAAUCAAAGGGAUCUAAGUAAGAGGGAAGGAUCUAGUCUGUUGGAUUCUCCAGAUCCUAAGAGGAAGAAACAUUGAACUAUAAUCACUGAUCAGGUCUUCCUGGUUUUCAAAUUCGGAGAUGUCCCGUUUAAACUUAUGUAUUUUUCACAGAGUCCACGAAAUUAUAGUGUGAAAUUGGGGCCUUAUUUCGAACCAAAUUUGUUGUUUUAUUUUGUUAUUUUUUACUUUUUGUUAUAUGUAUGAAACAUGAACAAUAUCAGAAGAUUAAUAAACAUACAUAUACUUA